GUGCCCCAUGAUGCAUGCGCACUACUUGGUAUAUUACAUGUAGUACUGAAGACACAGUUCAAGAUUAAGAAAUAUAUGUUUGUAAACUCAAUAUAGAAAGACAUUUAUGGUAAAAACUUUUGGAGGCAUGCACACUCCCUCUCAGAGCAUAGUGUAGUUAUUCUUGGAAGCUUGCGGCUAGCUGGGCUGCAUGAACACCCCCCCACAAACUCUGAAGACAAAGAUUAAACCAGUUCCAGUUCUACCAGUACAGACAUCAUGCCUGGCGAUGACAAGACAUCACAACAAACCCGCCAGAGGAAAAAGAACAAAAAAUCCCGCUCCAAAGGGAAGAGCCCUGGUGCAGGUCCAAAUGCAGGUCUGGCUGGUACCUUGAAUGGGCAACAUGAACUCACCUUACCAGCUAUUAUUCAGCCACUUCCUAAAAAGUUAUCAGACGUGAGGCCCAAAGUAGCUGUAGCCAAAGUUGAAGAGGAGUCAUCUCGAGCCAUAUGUCUACAGGUUCUUUUUCCAUACCUGCUGGCUGGAAUGGGAAUGGUGAUGGCCGGAAUGGUACUGGAUAAUGUACAGCACUGGGAUGUGUUCAAGGUAAUCACAGAGGUUUUUAUCCUUGUACCUGCACUGGUUGGGCUCAAAGGAAACCUGGAGAUGACCCUGGCUGCUCGCCUCUCCACCGCGGCCAACACAGGACAAAUGGAUGACCCGAAUAAGCAAUGGACCAUGCUGUGCUGCAAUCUUGCACUAAUACAGGUUCAAGCGACUGUAGUGGGCUUCCUCGCGGCUGUUGCGGCUGUGUGUUUAGGAGCAAUUUCCAGAGGGGGGGUUGAAUUGAACCAGGCAGCUGUUCUGUGUGCUAGCAGCAUCGUCACCGCAUUUGUGGCUGCUCUCUCUUUAGGCUUGUUGAUGAUUGGAGUGAUCAUCGGCUCCCGAAAGGUCGGAAUUAACCCGGAUAAUGUUGCCACCCCUAUAGCUGCCAGUUUGGGAGAUUUGAUUACCCUAUCCCUGCUCGCUGGUGUCAGCAGCACCCUUUAUGAACAUAUAGAAAUAUGGUACAUCUCUCCCUUGGUGUGUCUGAUCUUCUUGGCUCUAAUCCCCCUCUGGGUUGUGGUGGCUCGACAGAACCCUCAGAGUAGGGAAGUUCUCUAUUCAGGGUGGCAGCCUGUUUUAGUUGCCAUGUGUAUUAGCAGCCUUGGAGGUGUGAUACUGGACAGGACGGUCAGUAAUCCCAGUUUUGAGGGGAUGGCUGUUUUUACACCGGUUAUCAAUGGAGUUGGUGGCAAUUUAGUAGCCAUCCAGGCCAGCAGACUGUCGACCUACCUCCACCUCUGGAGCAUUCCAGGAGUGCUCCCAUACAAGAUGAGGCAGUAUUGGCCCAAUCCCUACACGACUUUCUUUUCUUCAGGUUUGAACUCCAAGUCAGCACGAGUGCUGCUGAUGCUGGUCAUGCCCGGACAACUGGUCUUUCUCUACGCUGUCUCUCUAUUGCAGGGAGAUGAGGUGGCAAUAACUUUAGCCUUUGGUGCUUGCUACCUGUGUGCUGCUUUCCUACAGGUGGCCAUUUUACUUUAUGCGGCCGACCUGAUUGUCCGUAUGAUGUGGCGACGUUCACUGGACCCUGACAACUUCUCCAUCCCGUACCUGACGGCCCUGGGAGACCUUUUGGGCACUGGCUUUCUGGCCCUGUGCUACCAUGUGUCAUUAGUUCACAGUCAGUAGCUCUGAAUGAGCUUUCCAUAUACACAUAUGGACAAUACGGAAAGGAAAAAGUCUCAGGCCCAAACAAAUGCUACGCUGGUGACAUUUUCAGUCAAGAUGUCAUCUGUGGAGCAUUUCCAUCUGUGUUUGUGCUGUAAAUAAUAUUUAUUUACUGCACAUCUACGUAUGAAUCACAGAAAUGGGUCUUUCUGUGUUUCUGAGUGGAGUGCGACAUGCUUUUGCUUACGUUCUCAACCAUUCUUCCGCCACUCUGCCUUUGGUAUCACAAGAAAUGUGUUGGUGAUAUUAGAAGGGACUGCCCUUCUGCUCUACAGUUCUGCAGAGUUUCAUGCUUUGACUCCUAGUACAUAUGAACAUUUGUUUGGAUUACACUGCUCAAAGUCAGCCAGCUCAAAUCAUUUUUAAUGUUAUAUAGUUUUGAAAAUAUUUUAAAAGGGAGGAUUUUAUUGUCAGUCCUGUUUUUAAUGUUUGUUGCAUGGUGUGUUCACUAGAGGGCACUGUUACUCCCCUCUUGGCACCAUGUUAAAUGGAGCAGUGGAGAGUCCAGACAAUCAUUUGUCAAACUUCAUCAAGGUGUUAGCCUGCUUUUGGCUUCUAAAUUACAUUAGCCAUCCCGUCAGCAAACUUGUAGCUGCAUUCGUUUAUUUUGACAGCAGCAAGAUUAAAUGUAGCAAGUAAGAACCAGUUAAGGUGAUGCUAAACCUUUGCAAAAAUAGAUGAAAGAUAAAUAUGUACAGCACACUCACAUCACUCACAGGUCUCUUGAUUGUAGAUGCUUACUUAAAAAAAAAAAAAAAGAAAGUAAAAAGUCUUAUUUUUCCUCAGGGUUUGUACCAGAAAUUCAUCUUGAAGUUUUUAAUAUUCAGGUGGAAUUACACCCAGACAUUCUCACAUUGAUCGAUGUUGCAUUGCCAUUUUUUUUUCUAUAUACAAAAGUGGUUUGGCUAGAUUGUAAUGAACCGCUCAGAAAUGUAUUUUAAAAGGGUUAAAAGGCACACACAGCUACAAUAUUAACACAUUACAGGCGCUUAUUCAACCAGUUAGCGCAGCUCCUGACGAAUACUACAGCCUCUUUCGGGAAACAAAUGCAUUUUAGCACAGAAUCAAACAAAAUCUGCUGAAAAAGAAUCAACUCUAAGAAACAUUUAAAAAUUUCUCUCAUGGUGAAGCCAAGAAAUACAGGCAGUAUACAUGCAGAAAAUAUCCCUCAAAACACCUGACUGCAUAUUGUACUUGCACUUUUGGAUAUCAUCUACAACCGUGUGAGAAAAUACCCUCAUUCCUUAUUUUCUUUCUGUGCAGGCUAUAAAUGUUUCUACUACUGUAAGUGUAACUGUCUGAACAUGCCAACAUGUAUCAUACAUGGCAUUAAGGGCCUUUUAUUACAUGUCGUAUGGUACUGUACAUUGUCACCUCAUAUUGCACAUCUGUCUUGUGUGCACACAGAAAAUAAAUAUGUUAUCAAAAUGUCAUGUGUUUGGCAAGUUUGUACUUGUGGGCUUUUGUGUUUUUAUUUGAAAUAAAACAAACUGUGUGAUUGAA